GGCCCUUCCUUUGGGCUCCGGGCCAAGGGCCGCACCAGGCGGCGACCGCUCUCUGGACCGGUGGCGGCUGGGCGUCCGCGGAGGGCCCGCAGGAGCUGUCGCCGCCCGCGCCCGCGCCCGCUCCGCCAUGGGCGCCGCCGGCUCGUCGGCCCUGGGCCGCCUCGGCCUCUCCGCGUCGCGCCUCCCCGCGCAGCCCCGGCCCGGCUGGCUCGCGGUGACCGCGCUGGGACUGGCCGCCGUGGCGCUGGGGACCGUCGCCUGGCGCCGCGCGCGGUCCAGGCGGCGCCGGCGGCUGCAGCAGGUGGGCACCGUGGCGCAGCUCUGGAUCUACCCGGUCAAGUCCUGCAAGGGGGUGGCGGUGAGCGCGGCGGAGUGCACGGCCCUGGGGCUGCGCUGCGGCCACCUGCGGGACAGGUUUUGGCUUGUGGUCAACGAGAAGGGGAACAUGGUCACUGCUCGGCAGGAACCCCGUCUGGUCCUGAUUUCCCUGACUUGCGAGGGCGAUGCCCUGACCCUCAGUGCAGCCUACACGAAGGACCUGCUGUUGCCCAUCAAGACACCUGCCACAAAUGCCGUGUACAAGUGCAGAGUGCACGGCCUGGAGAUCGAGGGCAGGGACUGUGGGGAGGCUGCGGCCCAGUGGAUUACUAGCUUCCUGAAGACACAGCCCUACCGCCUGGUGCACUAUGAGCCUCACAUGCGACCGAGAAGUUCUCACCAAAUAAUGGAUGUGUUCCAGCCCACAGACCAGAUUGCAUACUCAGAUGCCAGCCCCUUCUUGAUUCUCUCUGAGGCAUCUUUGGCAGAUCUCAACUCCAGGCUGGAGAAGAAAGUUAAAGUGGCUAACUUCAGGCCCAAUAUCGUCAUUUCUGGGUGUGGUGUCUAUGCAGAGGAUUCUUGGGAUGAGCUUCUUAUUGGUGACGUCAUACUGAAAAGAGUAACGGCUUGUUCCAGGUGCAUUUUAACCACGGUGGACCCAGACACUGGCGUCAUGAGCAGGAAGGAGCCGCUGGAGACCCUGAAGAGGACAUGAUAUGCCAGCUGAACUGUGUAGAGGUGAAGUCCACUGAUGUCCGCGAAUUAUUUGCAAAUGCAAAAAUGUACAUAUAAUGAAUUGAGGGAUGGAUACAAUGGGAUGAAGGAAAUACAGUAAAGUGUUACAUGUAGUGUCCAGGUGGUGAGUAAGUGGGUGUUCGCUAUAAAAUUCUUUUAACUUGUGUGCAUGUUUGGGAGCUGUAAUAAUAAAUACUAUGUGUGUUGGAAUAUUAGUGAGGGGGGUGGGGUUUUGAGAAGCAGCAACGACAGACCAGCUAUGCCUCCAAACGCACUCACUCAUUCAGCGGCAGAACAAAGCAGAACUUGGUCUUCCUACUUCCUGUGGCCGUAAAGGAGCUGCCGGGAGAGGGGCAGGUGGCCGGGGAAACAGCCCUGUCCAGGGAGCCAGGGCUCCCGAGUGUCGGCCGGUCCCACUCUCGUGCAGGCCAUGGGUGUUCUUCCCUCUGAAACAAGCCGUGUAGGACAGAUCUGGAUGAUUCUGUGUGCAGACCAGCUGAGCGAUUGUAGGAAUUGACCCUCACCCUUUUUCUGUGCAUCCUGUUCUCUCUCCCCCCCCCAUCACGUGACUUGGUGUCUGUCACCCCCUCCCUCUGGAUUUAGGAAGUGUCUCUGUUGGUGGGAACAGCCUCCUGCAUCGGGAAUCUGUGUUUAGAGAAGGAGGAUAAUUGACCCCCACACGGAGUGAGGACAAGCAGGCGGGGGUCGCGGGAACCAGCACAGCUCUCCCAGUGGUCUGCAGGCUUUCUGCAGCCCAGCACCCCCCAACCCCCCAUGGCUCCUAAUCCCCCCGGAGAGGGAGCAGCCCACCUAGGUGUCUUUCCCUGUCUCUGACGGGGAUUGGAGCUGCCAUAGAGGUAGUAAUUUAUGCUCUCCCCGGGACAGGUGGCCAUAAAUCUGGAAGAGAGAGGCCCGGCCUUGGGACGUAAAUCACGGGAAGCGAAGCAAAGCAAACAGUAGCGUCCAGAACACCUUCCCCGCUCUCGGGCACGUCGCUCCGACGCCAGACUGCUUUGCGUUUUGCCGUGUCCUCAGGUGCCCCGGGGUGUGGUGCCUGCUGGUCCCCAGCGGGGAGACCUGUCUGCCAGCCUCACCCGCGGAGGCCUGGCGCCCGCUGGCAGAAUGCAGGUGGCAGAGCCACGAGAGAAGAAAUAGGUCAGACGCUGCGGACCAUCCGUGGGCCAAACCCAGGGGAGCCUUUGCCUGCGAAAAGUUCACAGCGGGAGGCACAGAGCAGGAGGGGAGGUGGGA